UUUAACAUAAUUUUUAUCUUGAUGAUGCUUAAUGUUCAUUUGAACCUUAAAUAUGAAGGUUCUAGCAUGUACAGCUGUUAUUCUUGCUUCUGCUCUUCUAGGUUGUAAUGCAAAGAGGGAUAAAAUAGUAGGAGGAGAGGAGGCCAUUCCUCAUGAAUUUCCCUGGCAGGUCAGUCUGAGACGUGCAUCUGAUAACUUUCAUUUCUGCGGAGGUUCAGUUCUCAAUGAGUACACUGUUGUAUCUGCUGCUCAUUGUACUGUGAUCUGGGAUAGUGCAGAUGAGGUUGUUGUUGUAGCUGGAGAGCAUAAUAAGGUUGAAUUCGAAGGAACUGAGCAGACUGUAGAUGUGGCAGAAUUGAUUGUUCAUGAAUCCUACGGAUCACCUAAGGGUUUCGAGAAUGACAUUGCGCUCUGGAUAUUGGCAUCUCCACUGAACUUUACUGAUGCAGUUGGUCCAGUUGCACUACCUACAUCUCUACAACAAUCUGAGGGAUUCUGUACUGUAACUGGUUGGGGUACUCUAUCUGCAGGAGGAUCUACUCCAGAUGUUCUCAUGAAGGUUGAUGUGCCAGUGGUUGGAGAUGGAACCUGUAGCCUGGAAUAUCCUCUAUCUAUUGCUGAGAGUAUGCUGUGUGCUGGAGAGAGAGGAAAGGACAGCUGUCAGGGAGACUCUGGUGGUCCACUGAUCUGUUAUAAUGCUGAUGGAUCAGGAUACCUGGGGGGUAUAGUUAGCUGGGGGAGAGGUUGUGGAGGAAUAUACAGUCCCGGAGUAUACACUGAGGUCAGCUACUUCAUUGACUGGAUUCAAGAAAAUAAUUAGAAAAAUUAUUCAGAAAAUAAUAUUUUAUGAUAUUUUGAAACUUUUAAUAAAUGUUUGCAAUUGU